GUAGCGACUUAUUUCCCCGGUUUAGCAGAGAUCCCAGGCUAGCUUUAUUUUCCCGAGCCUCCUAGCCAGAUAGCCCCUAUUCGGCUUACCUUUCGUUUCGUCAUUCUUUUUCUUCUCUCUUGCAGUCAUUCUAAUUAAAUCGUGCUUGUCACUCGUUAAAUUUUCAGCACAAUGGCCUCCGUCACCACAAUCUUCCGCCUCUUCGCGCUGUCUGCAGUUCUGGGCCAGGCGACUGCUAGCUUCGGACUCAACGUUUCCGGUCCGAGCUGGGACUAUACGACCAAGGAUCUAGCAGAUACGACCUCACAGGCAUGCAAGGACGCCUACAGCGCCAGCAUCGACUGCGAUGAAACCCUCCUCAAACUCGUCGCGUCCAUGGAUCCCGACUUUGACCCGCAAUCGUCGGACUUACAAGCGAUGUGUACUACGACAUGCAGCGAUUCAUUGUCCCAGUACGUCAGGAAUGUCAAAGCUGCUUGCGACAAAGAGGGCGAUCUUGCCGGUGUUGCUAAGGGAAAUAAGUAUGUUUAUCAAGCGUCAGUGGCUACGGUGGGCGAGGUUUUCCAGUACAAAUAUGGUCAAGCUUGUGCGAAGAACGGAUCUGAUUACUGCUUCUUGACCUAUCCCAACAGCGAGGAUUGGGCCAGAACCGACUUUCCCUGUAGCGAUGGGUGUGCAAUCCAGUUUUACCAAAACGCACACAAGCAACCUGGCUCGGCAUAUUGGUUCGACUACUUUGCUCUUGGGAACCAGUCGUCGUACUGGGAGGAAACCUUUGCCGGUGGUUGGGAGACCGUGGUCUCAUGUGGUGAGGGUGGAAACGAUGUUAGCUCCGUCAGCACGGGGGCAAGUUCGACAAAGACCGAUACCGUAGAGGCCUCGCCGUCGACCAGCACAAUUAGCUCCACGGAAGCAAUCUCUACGGCUACCUCACAGACCGCAGCAACGACGACAACCGCCGCUACCAGGUCAUCUACAGCUACCAGUGGCGCUUCGAAGCUUAGAGCUCCGCUUGCCUUCAAACUUUGGGCAUGAAUGAGCGCUCACCUUGAAGCCAAUUAGGGCGUUCUCUGUACCCUAGUCAGGAGAAAAUGGAAUCUAGCGAGUGACUUACUCCUUCAAUCGUGAUUCUCAUCCUUCAAACGGUCGAUUUUCCGAGUGGUUUGUAAAUGUUUCGUCCGCAUUGGGGGUGAUCAUCUUCUCCAAGUGCUUCAAGAGCUCAUUAAUGAGAGGUCGGUGCUCGAUCAAUUCUCGCCAGGUAGUAUUGGGUUCAGUACGGAUCAAGUCCAGCUGUUUCAGAGGAUUCGAUGGGCUGGUUUGCUCCAUUGUCAGGCUGAAUAAACAUUGUGAUUAAUGGUCUGGCCCUCUUUGCAUCGGCAAGAGCUAUUUCGAUCCACUCGACGACAUCUGGCUUCGUCUCGUUCAGUCGUUUAGUAUUUAGUAGAGCAGGGCUAUCGACAAGCCAGAGUCUUCAGCGCGGCAUGUCCCUCAGAAAAUGAGUAGACAGACAAGAUUUGGCUCUAAGUUAUGGUAGAGCAGAUUAGCAUGUAUUGUAUCUUUUCACAGAUGAAUCAAGCCGGGAGAGGCAAAUUUUGAGACUACAA